AUGCAGCAAGCCAUUACCGCGCCAACGCUCAGCAUUGACGACCUCAAGCACUACGCUACUAAAGGCUUCGUGCGCAAGGCGACCAAUGAGCUCAACAAGUGCGUCAUCGCCGACGACAAGAAUCCGAACCGCGGGUUUCACGACGCCUUGCUGCGCGAGGUGUACGGCACUGGAAAGGACUUAAAGAGCACGGUCCUCUUCACAAUCCUGCCACAAGACAAAUCCAAGGAGCUCCUCAACCACGAGGUGAUGGAACGCAUCCUAGCAAUCAAGUGGGAGACCUUUGCGUGCUGCAUGUACAUGCAGCAGCUCAUGCUCUACCUCUUGCUGCUGACGACGCUGACGCUCUCGGUGACGAUGGACCUAAGCGACGGCGAGUCGCCCAUCUUCCACACGCAGCUGCUCGUUUGGCUCCAUUUCGGUGUUGCCCUCGUGCUCGGACUUGUUGCGACCUACUUUUUUACCUACGCGAACCGCCAUCUCUGGGCCGUCAAGUCCAUCGUCGUCAUCGGCCUCGUGCUUCUUGUGCUCAAUUUCUGCUCCGAUCUGAUCGCUGCGCACGUCAACUGGAUCUGGUUUGUGCGCUGCAACAACCUCGUGCUGGCGCCAACGACGAUCUUCUUCGUCUACUUUGAGAUCAGUGAGCUCUACGGCGAGAUCUCCAGGACCAACCAAAACGAAACGAGCAACGUGGGCAUCGCGGUCGAGGCCACUUGCGACUUUUUCCUCAGCUUUUGUGGCCGCAACGUGUCGCACUACUUCAACUCGUUCUUCAACAAGGUGCAGCUCCCGACGUUCGUUGCGAUCCUCAUCUUUGUCAUCACCGAGACCUUCUACCCGUCCGGCGACGACGUCCGCUUGUACUUUGGCAUCAUCAUCACGUUCGCGGCGUGGGCCCUCGGCAUUCAGUACCUCGAGAUCCACGGCACGGCCGGGUACCUCAUCUCGGUCAUGACCUUCAUGCUCAUGGAUGUCGCCAAGUUCAUGGCUUUCUACCUCCCGUUCCAGUGCGCGUAUGCAAUUGCGUACUACCUCCUCUUUGAAGGCCGCAACGUCGACGCCUACGCGACGAUCGCCCACAGCUUCAUCACCACCUUCCUCGUCAUGCUCGGCCAAAUCGAGCUCGAUCCGUUCGAGAAGCUCCCGGCGCCGGGCCCAUAUGUGCUCGGCUACACGCUGCUGCUGACGCACGCUACCUUGGUCAUUGUCCUACUCCUCAACGUGCUCAUUGCGAUGCUCAACAAGUCGAUGGACAAGGUCAUGGAAGACGCCAAGCUCGAGGUCCGCGUGAGUUUCGCCGAGUGCAUUCUCCGCAACGAAAAGGUGUACGGCCUCCGCCCGAUGCCCACGACAGAUCCGCGCGCGGCGCCCAAUGAAGCGACGCCCAUGCUGAUGGCCAUGGCCAUUCUUAUGGACGUAGAAGCCGAGGAGGUGGACGAUGCCGAACAGGCGGAGGCCAAUUUUGCGACGCUUACGGACGACGUCGCCGCGCUUCGUCAGCGCCUGCAUGAUUCCGAGGCGCGCAACGAACGUCUUGAGGCCAUGCUGCAGGACAUUGUGCACCACUUCAAAAUCGCGCCUC